AGUUGAAUUCUGUUAUUGUUGGAUAUACUGAGUGUUAGAGGAAGUAGAAUGAAUAUUUUUACUAUCGGAGUUCAGGUUGUGUGUGAUGUAUUUUUGAACUCGUGCAUAGGUUAUGGUAUCGGCCAAAAAAGACUCUAGGCGCUCCACAGUUCAUGCUGUGGAGGUUUUUCGCGAGAUUUACUACUUGUUCUAUCCCGUGUUGCGUAUUUUUGAGGGCAAACGCUUGAUAAGGCUACUUGUACCGGCUGCACAUACUAAAAGGUUGAUUGCUCUCCAUACAAUCAGGUCUCCUUCUAGCAAACUUGCUAUCUAUCUAACAGAUAACGUUUCAUUUUUAUCCUCUGGUGAUGUGAUUGUUGAAGUGCAAGAGGAUCAAUCCAUGGAUGAGAAUGAGAUAAUGGAAUCAGUUUUUUCUGAUCUGGGAGAGUUAACAGUUGAUGAGAGCAUGGUGUCUGAAAUUAAAGCUACAGUCAGGGCAUCCCAACUAAAUCCCCUGUCUUACAUUGAUUAUAUCAUUGGUAAAGAUGGGUCUAAUAUCGAUAACAUAAGGGAAUCAAUCCCAGCCAGUGUUUUCAUUAGAAUUUUUACUCUAAAAGAGGUGACAAUUAGUAUUGUUGGUGAAACACGCCAUGAGGUAGAGGUUGCUGCAACCGUGAUGGAGGAUUUGAUUCCCAAACACCUCAAAAAAGAUGGAAAGCCUGUUUUGAUGCACUGGUGUACUCAUCUUCAGAUGAUGAGAGAGAUGGUUGGCUUAAUAUUCCGGCCUUAGCUCCCAAUAAGCAACACACGAUCCGGAGUUUGUAUUAUUUUGAGUCGCGCUUUGGGGACGCCAAUUAAGUUAUUGUAUAGUC